GAUGGACGAUUGAAGCCUGGAGAUCAACUUGUAUCUAUAAACAAAGAGUCAAUGAUUGGUGUCUCCUAUGAAGAGGCAAAAAGUAUAAUCAACAGAACAAAGACAAGGUUUGAAAAUUUUUGGGAGAUAGCUUUUAUUAGACAAAAAAAUAUUCCCAGUUAUUCAGAGAGUCUGCAACGGCCUUCCAGCCUCUUAAUGUCUUCUGUAGCAUAUGGAGAGCAGCAGGCUGCGGUAUUUAGUUCACCUGCAUCUCCUAAUGAGAAGCUUGUUUCAACAUUCACUCUGAAUGCUAUGGAAACUGGAGUCAAGAUGGGAGAGCAAUCUCCGAUUACUUCUCUAGACAGCAGUCCUACUGAUGUGUCUGCCACUGUUAUUGCCCCCAGCCAGGAUGAUGAUUAUGAGCUGCAAGGAAGGAACUCUACUAUCCGUCUCAAAGCGGAAAAGCUGGAGAGGGCAUUGAAUUAUCUUGGGAUUCAGCCUACAGAUGAACAGCAGCAAGUCCUAAGGCAGCAACUUCAGAAAGAUUCUAAAGGAACAGUGUCUUUUGGAGAUUUCGUCGAAGUUUCAAGGAAUCUGUUCUCUAUGCAAUUGAAUGCAACAGAUGAUGGCCAAAAAUCUCUAACGUUUGGGGUCAAUGAAAUUGCCAGCUUACUGGAUUCACAGUUUGUAACCUGUGAUUCUUUGGAGGAUGACAUGGACAGACUUAAGAAAGAAAGAAAUGAAGCUUUAAAAGAAAUGAGUAAAUUAAAGGAAAAAUUGUCUGAAUCUGUGAAUUUACAGAAACAGUUAAGAGAGGAGCUACAAAUAGUCAAGCAAGAAGCCAAGGCAGCUGUAGAAGAGACAAGAGCCCUGCGAAGUAGGAUUCAUCUUGCAGAAGCGGCACAAAGGCAGGCUCGUGGAAUGGAGAUGGACUAUGAAGAAGUAAUUCGCCUAUUAGAAGCUGAAAUUGUAGAGCUGAAGGCUCAGCUCACUGAUCAUUCUGGCCAAAAUAAAGAUAACAUCCAAGACUUGAGAAAGAGAGUUACAGUACUUGACUGCCAGCUGAGGAAAUCAGAAUCUGCUAGGAAGACCUUUGAGGUGGCUACUGAAAAAUUGCUACAAUUUGUAGAGGUUGUACAUGAACUACUUUCAGAUAACUCUACUUCCUUGGCAGUUUUAAGUGACAGAAGAACAACAUUGUCUACUAAAGCACUUCUUGCACGGUUGGGAAGGAUUGGACCUACUGUCACAACAGCUCUUGCAGCAGAGGCCAGAGACCUUGCCAAGUCUGUCCGUGCCAUUUUGGAAGUAGAUU